GGCGUUGUAGUACUAUAAGUACUAGGUACCUAGGCAAUUCCAUUGGCCAAUCCCUCUGAGUCAGCUUUUUCUCAGUUGCACUCAAUAUCUUCGAGGUUCCCAUCCCAACGUUCCCAUUCCCCAUCUCAAUCUCUGCAGCAACCUCACAAUGACAGAGUCUGGCGAUGAGGUAAACCGACUAUGUUGUGGUCGCUCGUCCAGAACUCAUGAAGAGAGAUGUGAAGAAGAGGAUGGCAUCAGCCAGUGGUUCCGGAAUUCUUUUCGCAUGAUCUCACUAUAAUAUCAUUCCAACAUCCACCACAAAAAACCACGAAUUGCGAAAUGCAACUACUUAUAACAACCGCAACUAAUCGGAUCAAAUCAUGGCCUCCGGAUUAGCGUACCGUUUUGACCGACCUGGGGAGAAUCUUCUUCACCCCCACUCUUCCAUGUCACGCGCUCGUCUUAACGAAAUUAUAAGGCUCUACCGAACCCAAUAUCAGGAGCGACAACCGCGUCGCCAGCCAUCUUGUUGGCACCCUCCACCCUCCCGGCCGCUAUGGCCCUCACUACCGCUAGAGAUAGUGCACAUGAUCUUCCUCCACCUUGAUAUGAUUACACUGGGCACCCUACGUUUAGUCGACUCCAUCAUUCGCCGGCAGGUCGACUCUCUUUACGAAUACCGUAUGCUCCGAGCCCAUGCAGCAGAGACCCUCAAGAUCCUUGAUAUUGCCCAAUGCACCCAUUGUUUCCCUGCCCACCAACUGUAUCGCGAAUUCUGCCACCCCCGGUGCCGAACCUGCCCCGACUUCGGCCCCUAUCUCUAUAUCCCCACUCUCUCGCGGGUAUGUUUGCAGUGCGUAUUGAGACACGAUCGAUACCGCGUCGCAGCCCUCGAUGUGGUGUUUGCCUGUUUCCCGUAUUCUCGGGGGGACUGGUGGGAUCUUCCGGUCGUCUGUUGUCUUGAUCUUCUCGAAGGCCAAUACAUCUCAGAAAUGCUGAUUGACGUGGCGCAAGCUAGACUCAUGUAUCAGCAGCAGCAGCAGCAGCAGCAAUCAGGCAGUAGUCGCGAAGAACCCGCAGCACAAGAAUGGUCUUAUCGGCUGCAGGACACGUACCAGAGGCGGCUGCGGUCGACCGUGGCGUUUCCGUGCUGGGACCCGCACGCCCGCAUCGCCGAGCCGGGGGUGUACUGUUACGGGUGCACGAAGUACUGGGAGAUAUCCCGGGGCAAGAGCAGGCGCAAUCCGAGAAACCGGCAGAAGCACUAUGCCUGGAACACUAGGUCCCCAGGGAGCAAGGGGGUGGAUCGCGCAUUUCGGGUCCCGGAUCUCCCACAGCACUUUUCGACGUGUCCACACGUGGUGAGUAGGCUUCGGAAGGGGGAAGAUCACACCGCGUUGAGGUUUGGUGAAUCGGUUGGGAGGAUUAUUCGGGUUGACGCGGGUGGGGAGAAGGGCGCUGGACGGUCUGCGCGGGUGGGUAAGAAGUAGGGUUGGUUAGAAUUGCGUGUGUUGUUUGGUGGUACCUGCUAAUGUGGGAUUUGUUGCUAAUUGUUGCUGUCUCCUUCGACUCUUUGUGCGCGGCUGCUUAUAUGGAGGACACCGUUCUGUCGUUGUGUGCGAGGGAUGGGUGUUUCUUGCUCGUGCUUAACUCAGACGAAAUAGAAGCUGGCUUUUUGCAUUCUAUCAG